CGACAUGGCCCCCCCCCCUGAACCCUGAAUAAUUUUCUGAUUUUUCUCUUAAUUCCUAAUCAUAGUUUUCCAAACUUACAAAAGUAUUGUUUUACUGCAUGCUCUAAAUAAUAUUACAUUUAUGAAUCAGAAAUAACGCACAACAAAUGUGUUAGUAACAAUUUAAUUGUAAUUAGUUAGUUAGCCAAAGUGUCAGUGUUGUAAGUGUAUUGCAAAAUGAACACGCUGUAAAGCCCGUCGAAGAAAAUAUGGUACUAUAGCCAUCUAGCGGCGGACGAAAGCACCACCUUACAAAAAAAGCAAUGCCAGCGUUCCUCUGGCAUAUGAUAGUACUACCUACUAUGGCUAUCGUGUUUACAUUUUGAGAGCGCUGUGGGCUGUUGAUAAUUCGUAAAAUGAAAGUAAACCAAUGGAUUUCUCGUAGUUAUUGUUUGCAGAUGUGCAUUGUUAGUGAAUUCUUAUAAAGGGCGAACAAUGGCAUUCGAGGAAAGACAAGGAUCGGCGAAGAAACGGAGGAAAACAAUUAAUUCAUUUUUCUUGCCAACACUUCCUAAGUCUUCUGUUGCGGAUUCAUUAGUGCAAACUUCUUUGGCGGCACCACCUCUUAAGCCAUCAUCAUAUUCUGAAGUGGAUUUAUCAGUGCCAUUAGGAGUGAAUUGUUUAAAGGAUGACCCUACUUCUUCUAGCAUUAUUUCAAACAAUCUUCCACUACUUUCGAUGGAACUGACACCAUUAGUGACGGGCGAUUUCACAGAUACCUGUAAACUUUCAAUAGCAGACCCUACCUUAGUGAAUUCUGAAAGUUCUUCAGUACAAGAUCUUGGAUCUUCAACCUCUAAUGAAAAUACCAAAGCUGAUACAUUUUUAUCAGAAACAGCUGUCAAUGACAUUGGAAUUUUCAUUGGGCAGACUAUAGAUGACAUUCAAAAGAGGGAGUUAUUAGCCAAUCCUUGGCAAGCUCCUUCAAAUUACAAAUUUCCACAUUCGACACACAACAAGAAUGGGAAAGAAGUGAGAAGAUUUCUGGGCCACAACCACCUCAGUAAAUAUAACUGGCUAGUUUUCUCCCCAUCUAAACAGGGACUUUAUUGCAAGUACUGUCCAUGGUUUACUGUAGGGAAUGUUGCAGGAGGCCAAAAAACAGUAAAACUGCAAAAACUUGUUACGAAACCUCUAACAACAUUUUCUAAGUUGCUAGGGCAAAAAGGUGAUUUAGAGGAACACAAUAAUACUAGAUACCACAAGGAAGCUGUGCAAGCAGGUAAAUAUUUUCUCAAAAACUACCAUUCGCCUGAAGACAAUAUUCUCAAUAAAGUGAACAAGCAGCACCUACAAGAAAUUCAGGAUAACAGGCUGAGACUGAAGCCCAUUGUGGAGUCCACUAUUUUUUUGGGACGACAAAAUAUUCCAUUUCGUGGACAUCGAGAUGAUGAUCAGCUCAUGAUGUCAGAGUCAGAGACAAAUGAAAGCAUUUGCAAUGAAGGUAAUUUCAGGGAGCUCUUGCGUUUUCGAGUAGCUGCAGGAGAUACAAUGCUUGAACAUCAUUUCAAACAUACUUCCUCCAGAGCUACAUAUAUUAGCAAAACCACUCAAAACAAUCUAAUUGACUGUUGUGGUAAAGAGAUUUCAAGCCAAAUUUUGAAAAAUGUAUUGCAGGCAGGAAUUUAUUCUAUUAUAUUUGACGAAACUACAGACUUAUCACACAAAUCUCAGCUUAGUCUGGUUUUGCGGUAUGUACACAAGGGUGAGUUAAGAGAAGACUUUAUUGGUUUUGUAGAUGCUUUCCAAGAUCUUGAAAGAGUUCAAGUUAAAGAUAGUGGAGACUUAUGCAGCGAAAGCAAAACAGUGGAGGAUAAAUCACAUCAAAUUACACAAAUAAAAACACAUAUGACUGGCAAUAAAGAGCUUUCACUCACAGGAAAAGAUUUGGGAGGUAUAGUUGUGCGGCUGUUAAAAGGUAUGGGUCUUCCUCUACAACAGUGUGUUGGUAUUGGCACAGAUGGAUGCUCAGUAAUGCUAUCAGAAACAAGAGGGGCAGUCGCUGAAAUACAGAAAGAAGCUAAAAAUGCUUUAAGAACCCCAUGCUUUAAUCAUGCUCUCAACAACUCUAUUUCAAAAUGUAGUGAGGUGCCUGCCAUAAGAAAUUCGAUUGGAACUAUGAAAGAAACAAUUUCGUUUUUUUCUUCUUCUGGGAAAAGAAACAUUGUCAUUCUACGGAAGUUAGGGGGUCAGUUAUCCGGUCUUUGUGAAACAAGAUGGGUGGAACGUCAUGACGGGGUAGUGCAGUUCUCUGUUGAUCUGCCUAAAAUAAUAUCUGCGUUGGACACCAUUUGCGAAUGGCGUGACCCUGCUACUGCUGGAAAAGCAUAUGGACUUUCAACAGCACUUUGUGACAGCCAGUUCAUAGAGUCUAUGUCUUCUCUGAGCGACAUAUUAUCCAUUACACUUCCACUCAGCAGGCUGCUGCAAAAACCGUCAUUCGAUCUGGUUGGUGCGUCAGAAGCAAUUUCAAACAUAAUUAGUAUUUUGUCAUCUCGUAGAGAAGAAGCAGAGCAUCAUUUCCAUCAAGCGUGGUCUAGAAUUGAGGCCCUUGUAAAUGAUCUCGGCACCGAAAUAGUUCUUCCCCGUUUUUGUGGUCGCCAGAAAAAUCGUUCAAAUUACCAGACAGGAGAUACAAGCAAAGAAAGUUAUUUCAGGCUUGCUAUAUAUGUGCCAUUAUUGGACGAUAUUCUAAAUGAUCUUCAAGGAAGGUUUCCACCUGCCACCCUUGAUGUUUUUCAUUUAUCUUUCCUGACACCAAGUGCAAUUAACAGUCAAGUAAAGACCGAAUUCCACGACGGAAAUAUUAAUGCCAUUACUAAGCUUUUUCUACCUUUUAUGGAGGUAGAUAAGGACGCUGCACCUAUCCUUCUUAAGGGCGAAUUUUUUCUGUGGAAAAGGAAAUGGAGUGUGGUUUCUGAAUCAACUGAGGUUCCACAGAGUGUGAUGAAAGCUUUGAAUUCCUGUGACAAGGAUGUAUAUCCCUUGAUUCAUAAGCUGCUUCAUAUCCUUGCUACUCUUCCAAUCAGCAACGCCAGUUCUGAGAGGAGUUUUUCAGCCCUUCGAAGACUGAAAACUUGGCUGCGGUCACGAAUGUCAGAAGAUCGGCUCAUAGGCCUUGCUCUUUUACAUGUGCAUCGAGACAUUCCAGUGAAUGUAGACAGUGUUAUUGACAGAUUUGCGAAAACAGGAAACCGAAGAAUUCCUUUUUUGAUAUAGUUUACAUGCAAGUAGCAUGAGUAUAACUAUUAAAGAAAACAUGUUUUUGAAGUUAAAGUUACUUUUUUUUAGCAUAAAACUCUAUCAUUGAGUAAGAAAAUAACCAUUAAAUGUUAC